CUUUAGAGAGCGCCAACGGGGAAGCCAAAUUAUGCUGCACGAACUCUUACUGGCUCUACUGGGUUACACCGGAGACCUCAUCGUCGACGAAAGAGAGCAGCAAGAUUCCCUCCGCAUUAACUUGUCCCCGGAUGCCCCCAUUUCAGAGGAAUGCUUCACCUUUAAGCUCGCUCCGGAUAUCUCUUUCAUCCAACCCAGUGAAAGGGACGCCAUUGAGAGGAUCAUUAAGCUGGGAUUUUACUACAGGGAGCUUGAUCGCUUUGCAACUAAGUCCCGUAACUUGAGUUGGAUAAGGUCCUCAAAUGAGUCUCCCUCUUCAAGAACUUCUGAAUUGUUCAAAGGGAAGAAAGAGAAGCAGGGUGUUUACAGAAGGGCCAUUGCUAACGGCAUUGCUGAGGUUUUGUCAGUUUACAGGUCAGCCGUUCUACAUAUUGAGCAGAAUUUGUUGUCUGAUUCUCUACCCAUCUUGGCAACAGUUACUCAAGGCCUCAAUAAGUUCCUUGUUCUUCUGCCACCUCUUUAUGAGCUUAUUCUAGAAAUUGAAUGUGAUGGCUACUGUGGAGGGAGGCUUCUUAACCUCCUUCACAAACGAUGCCACUGUGGCGUCCCUGAAUUGCAGACAUGCAUUCAGAGGCUGCUUUGGCAUGGACAUCAGGUUAUGUACAAUCAACUUGCCUCUUGGAUGAUUUAUGGGAUUCUUCAUGAUCAGUAUGGAGAAUUUUUUAUAAGUAGGCUGGAGAGUAGGGAUGCAGAGAAUGACUCACCUGCAGAGGUGGUUGAGCAACUGAUGUCGAUGUCAACUAAUGAUGCAUCUCUGACCGACUGGCACUCAGGCUUCCAUAUUUCUCUGGAUAUGCUGCCAGAGCAUAUCCCGAUGCGUGUUGCCGAAUCAAUUCUUUUUGCUGGGAAAGCUGUAAGGGUUCUACGAAAUCCAAGCCCUGCCAUUAGAUUCCAGGGUGCAAUAGCCUAUCAGCAGAUGCCAAGAGGAUCACAAAGACCUCAAUUGUCCACUUCUCGAAUUUUUUUCACUAAGGAUUCAUCUUCACAGAACAAGUCCACCGGGGAGGAGUUACUUCCUCAAUCUGAUGCUGACAAGAUUGAAACCAUGCUGCAAAAUUUAAAGGAGUCAUCUGAGUUCCACAAAAGAUCAUUUGAGAGUGCAAUUGACUCAAUUAGGGUGAUCGCAGCAAGUCAUCUUUGGCAGCUUGUUGUUGUACGUGCUGACUUGAAUGGCCAUUUGAGGGCUCUUAAAGAUUAUUUUCUUUUAGCAAAAGGUGAUUUCUUCCAGAGUUUUCUCGAGGAGAGUCGCCAGCUGAUGCAUUUGCCACCUCGCCUGUCCACUGCAGAAGCUGAUCUCAUGAUUCCAUUUCAGCUAGCUGCAGUGAAAACUAUUGGAGAUGACGACAGAUAUUUUUCAAGGGUGUCUUUAAGGAUGCCUUCAUUUGGGAUCCCUAUUAAAUCCUCCCAAGUAGAUCUGCCAAAGACAAAAGCUUAUGUUGAUGGAGAUUCAAGUGUGCAAUCAGAGACUUCCCUGGAGGUGCCACUUGAUGGCUGGGAUGGCAUUGCUCUUGAAUACUCUGUUGACUGGCCCUUGCAAUUGUUUUUCACGCAGGAGGUGCUUUCUAAGUAUCGCAGAAUCUUCCAAUAUUUGCUUCGACUGAAGAGAACACAGAUGGAAUUGGAGAAAUCAUGGGCCUCUGCUAUGUCUCAAGAUCAUUCUGAUUUUGCAAAACAUCGCAAUGAUAGCAGAAGCUGCUUGACAUCGCAUCAGCGAAGGCAGCGCUUUAGACCAAUGUGGCGUAUUAGAGAACAUAUGGCAUUUCUGAUCAGAAAUCUUCAAUUUUACAUCCAGGUGGAUGUAAUAGAAUCUCAGUGGAAUGUUCUGCAAUCUCACAUCCAGAACUCUCAUGAUUUCACAGAACUUGUGAGCUUCCACCAAGAGUACUUAUCUGCGUUAAUAUCUCAGUCUUUCUUGGACAUUGGUUCUGUGUCGAGAAUUCUGGAUGGCAUAAUGAAACUUUGCUUGCAAUUCUGCUGGAAGAUUGAAAACCAAGAGAGUGAUGAGAUUACAGUUGAACUGGAGCAAAUAUCAGAGGAAUUCAAUAAGAAAUCAAACUCCUUGUACACUAUAUUGCGUAGUACCAGACUGGCUGGGAGUCAGCGAGCCCCUUUUCUUAGGCGUUUUCUUUUGCGUCUGAACUUCAAUUCAUUUUUUGAGGCAACUGCUAGAGGAGUGCUUAAUGUUGUGAGACCACGUCCAACACUCGCAGUUUUACAUUGAUGUCAGCAUUUGAUUGACCUGUACACCUGCAAUCUUGGCCUUCUUGGUCUCUCAGUCAUCAAAUAUGGUGUUCCCCCGGUGGUGGUUGACUGAGUUUUAACAGUAAACUGAUUCUUGCUCGUUUGGCUACUUGUUAUGGGCCUCUUGGUUUUUGCAACAGUUGUUUUUCACCAGACAGCAAUCCUGACUUAGGUGC